UCCAAUAUUCACAUCAAACACAAACUCAAACUAAUAAUCACACACCUGCAGCUCAAGUAUGAAAAUCCUAUUCCUCCAAGUUUUGCUAUUUAUGUUCUUCAAUCUCCUGCUCACUUGUCUGGCACUAAGGCAUCACAGGUUUGAGGUGAGAGAUGUUUCGUACACAAAACUUUGCAGCACAAAAAACAUCUUGACUGUAAACGGGCAGUUUCCUGGGCCAACUCUUUAUGUGACCAAAGGAGAAACCAUUAUUGUUCAUCUCUAUAACCGAGCUAACUACAACAUCACCAUCCACUGGCAUGGAGUCGACCAACCAAGAUAUCCAUGGUCAGAUGGCCCUGAAUAUGUGACACAAUGUCCGAUUAGACCCGGUGGGAAGUUCGGUCAGAAGGUCAUAUUUUCUGAAGAAGAAGGCACACUAUGGUGGCAUGCUCACAGUGAUUGGUCUCGUGCCACCGUUCAUGGGGCUAUUGUGGUAAAACCCAAGCUUGGAACUACUUAUCCAUUUCCAAACCCCCACAAAGAGGUCCCCAUUAUAUUAGGUGAAUGGUGGAAGAAAGAUGUUGUUGAGGUUUAUAAAGAUUUUCAGAAAUCUGGAGGAGAUCCUGUAGUUUCUGAUGCUUACACAAUUAAUGGUCAACCCGGUGAUUUAUAUCCAUGCUCAAAGAACGAUGCCUUCAAGCUUAGGGUUGAUUAUGGCAAAACAUAUCUUCUCAGAAUGGUCAAUGCUGCAGUUCAAGAAAUGAUGUUCUUUGCAAUUGCCAAACAUCAACUCACAGUGGUAGGAACUGAUGGUAGCUAUGUAAAGCCAUUGAAGGUAGAUUACAUAGCAAUAUCUCCUGGACAAACAAUGGAUGUGUUACUAGAAGCAAACCAACCAUUAGAUAACUAUUACAUGGCUUCCAAAGUAUUUACAAGUGCACUUGAUGUUCCCUUUGAUAACACCACAACCACUGCUAUAGUACAAUACAGGGGCAAUUACAUUCCAACUUCAAGAACCCCUUCUUUGCCCUCACUACCAGAUUCAGGGGACAUUGUCUCCUCUGUUAAUAUAAUAAGUGAACUAAAAAGUUUAGCUGAUAGAACACCAAUUGAUGUUCCCUUAAAUAUAACAACAAACUUGUUCUUCACAAUCUCAAUUAACACAUUACCAUGUGAUCCAAAUGGGAAUUCAACAUGUGUUGGCCCCAAUGGAAACCGCUUCUCAGCAAGCAUGAACAACAUAAGCUUUCAAAUGCCAGCAGACAACAACAUUUUGCAAGCUUACUACAACAAUAUUAGUGGUGUGUUUGGGGAAAAUUUCCCUGAUGUGCCAGCUUUGCCUUUUGAUUUCACUGGUAGUAAUCUUCCUGCAUUUCUGAAUACUCCAUCAGUGGCUACAGAGGUGAAUGUGCUUGAGUAUGACUCAACAGUGGAGAUUGUUCUUCAGGGGACUAACUUGUUUGAAGGUAUUGAGCAUCCUAUGCACCUGCAUGGCAUGAGUUUCUAUGUGGUUGGAUGGGGAUUUGGGAACUUUGACAAGGAAAAGGAUCCAUUGGGGUAUAAUCUUGUUGACCCUCCUUAUCAGAAUACCGUAGUUAUACUAAAAAACGGUUGGACAACCAUAAGAUUCAGAGCUAAAAAUCCAGGUGUAUGGUUAAUGCAUUGCCAUAUAGACCGACAUGUCACAUGGGGAAUGGCUACUACUUUCAUUGUGAAGGAUGGUAAUAAUCCUGAAGAGAAGAUGCUACCACCACCAUUAGACAUGCCACAAUGUUAAUUAAUUGAAGAGGAGCAGUUAAUUCAUUCCAAUUGUAUUUCAAUUCUUUCAUCCAAUUAAUGUAUUUUUUUUAUUCUAUUAAUUCAUUUAUAUUAAGUAAAACUUUGUGUUACAAGAAUGAAAUAUGAAAGUUGUGUAACUGCUACAAAAUGUAAUUGGUUCUUAAUAUAUGAGUUUUACUUU